AUGAGGAAAGCUUUUGACUACGAGGGAGUAGUUGCUGUUGAUUCAAGGUGGAAACGAGCCCUGCAAGUUGCUGAAAGCAGUCAGGGGACGGAGAUGAUCAAUAUUCCAGUCAAUGCACCUAGUGUCAAGGUUGAACCUGAAAAUCACUGCUCUCAGAUUGCAAAUGCAGGACCGGAAAAUAAUUGGGCGCGGAAGCUGUUUGGUGGUGCAGAGCAAGAAGUGAAACAUCAUUGGCCACAGAUUAUCGAAGGAAGGAAGUUCGUCAAACCGCCGAAAGCAGUUUUUGAAGCUGGUGCUACCAGAUGGAGGAAUGCUCUUGUUGGCCAGAUUGUGGGUAAGAAGAUUCAACUCAGUCAGAUAUAUUCCACUGUCAAUUACUUGUGGGGUCAGAGGGAUGGAGUGAAGGUGUUUGAGCUUGAGAAUGGUCUGAUCCUCUUCGAUUUUACUAAUACCGCACAAAGGGAUUGGGUUUUGCAUUGUGGUCCUUGGCAGAUUCAUCAUUGUCCUUUAAUUCUUAGGCCAUGGAAGAAGGAUUUUCCAAUGUGGGUGACAUUUUCCAAAGUUCCUCUAGAAUUGAUGACUCAUCAGGGCUUAUGCUAUGUUGCUAGUGCAGUUGGUCGACCUCUGAGUUUAGGGAACUCAGAGGUUAAAAUGUCUGUUGCUAAUUCAACCGUGGUGUGUGUGGAAGUAGAUGUUCAGGAGGAGCUCCAUGCUCGGGUUGAAGUCAUGAUGCAUGAUGAGCAGUCAGUGAAGAUUCAUGUUGAGUACCCACGCAUAAAAGAGGGCUCUGAUUUGAGGAGGCCUGCAACUAAGAAAUGGAUCAGGAAGGAGAUGUCUAAUUCUGGUGAAAGGAAUGAAGGAAAUAAUCGGAAGACGAAACAAAAUGCUGAGGACGAUAUGGAUAAGAGUCCUGUUAAAAUUCUAACUUCAGUGUAUCCUGUGCAUAAGCAGUUUUCUGUUGUUGAUAAUAAUGUGGCAUGUCCUAAGAACGUCAAGUCCCCCGAAAAAAGGAGGGAUAGGCAGGAGUCAAGUUCAGAAGGAUAUUUUGCCCCCAAGGAAGCAAGGCCUGCAGUUCCAGGCUUUAAUGAGGUAACGCAGAACAUCAAGCGAGGGCAGAGGAGGGGGAAGAAAGUCGAUGGUGUGGCUAAGGGUCAAGCAACUGGCCCAGAUUGGGUCCUGAUUCAUAACUACAGCCAACAUGCCUUGGGGAGAAUAUGGAUUCUGGCUGAUAUUUCUAUUAAUGUGUCUGUGGUUAAAAGGACAGAACAAUGUAUUCACUGUGGCAUCCAUUCAAAGGUCUCAUCUGCUCGUUUUUGGCUAAUAGUGGUGUAUGCUGCUAAUACUAUUGCUCCCCGUGAAGCUCUUUGGUCCUCGAGAAAAGGAAUGUCGAACCUGGUAGUUAGUUCCUCUUGGAUAGUAGUUGGAGACUUCAAUGUGGUUAAAGAGACAACUGAAGCUAGCAACUCUGAUGACAGUGAUUUGUCUGGAAUGCUGAGUUUUUGGAAGAUGUUGGAAGAUACUGACCUGCAUGACCAUAAGUGGUUAGUUGAGUUCUUGGCCCCCCUUCUCGCAGAUCAUAGUCCAGGUCUAACAACAGUGUUACUUCAGAAGCCUGAGACUCGACGCUCCUUCAAGUUUUUUAAUUUCUGGACUGAGCAUCCCAAGAAUGAGGAGUUGGUUGGUAAGUGUUGGACUGUGAGAGUGCAAGGCAAUCCCAUGUUUGUUCUUUAUAAGAAACUCAAGCUGCUGAGGAUGGUGCUCAAAGGUUUUAACAAGCAGUAUUACUGGGAUAAUUCUAAAAGAGUAAUUGAUGCUCGAAUCCAGCUCGAAGAAAAGGCUCGUAUAGAGUGGCUCUCUUUAGGAGACAGCAACAUUGGUCUUUUCCAUAAGGCUGUCAAGAUCAUAAGCGCAAGAAAUACACUGAAGCAAAUGGUCACUGAGGAUGGGAGGCUACUCACGGAUGUAAGGGACAUUGCUUCUGAUGCUGUGACGUUUUAUCAGAAGUUGCUGGGAUCUAAGGACUUCUCAGUUGACAGCUCAGUAGAGGAACUCAGAACAUUUCUUAGUUACAGAUUGAAUGAAGCACACAAGUUGCAGUGCGUCCUCCCUGAUUUUAUUGUUCCCGAUCAAAGUGCUUUUGUCAAAAGAAGGUGCGUUGGGGACAACAUACUAAUGGCUCAUGAGCUUGUGAAAGGUUAUCAAAGAGAGGGAAUAUCUCCAAGAUGUGCUAUAAAGGCUGAUGUUAUGGAAGCGUUUGGCUCAGUUAAUUGGGAUUUUGUUAGAAAUAUCUUCAAGGUGAUUGAGGUCCCAGAUAAAUUUUCUAGUUGGGUCAUGGAGUGCAUUUCAGGAGCUUACUUCUCUGUCAACGUUAAUGGGGGCAUGGAGGGGUACUUCAAAGGCUUCAAAGGAUUGAGACAAGGUGAGCCUGACUCUUUGAAGUCCAUUAUGGAGAUUUUUGACAGGUUUUAUAAGAUGUCAGGUCUUAAGUUUAAUCCUGCAAAAUCUGAAAUUUUAUGUGGAGGCAUUAAAAGGGAGGUGGUUCAGAAAAUGCUGCAGAUCAGUCAGUUUAAGUUGGGAACCCUACCUGUGCAAUAUUUGGGUGUGCCAUUAAUCCCUAGAAGACUCACAUACAAUGAUUGUAGGCCACUCAUUGAAAAGAUAACCCAAAGAAUUGAUAAUUGGGCAUCUAAGAAGCUCUCAUAUGCAGGAAGACUCCAAUUAAUACAAUCCGUUGUUCACUCCCUUGUGAAGUUUUGGUGCAGUGCCUUCAUUUUGCCCAAGAAAGUCAUAAGGGCUGUGGAGCAAAAAUGUAAGGCAUAUCUGUGGAGAGGGAAGGAUGGGUAUGCAAGGGGGUCAAAUGUGAAGGGGGACUGA